AUGUCCUCUCUGAUCGGACAGACGUUUCUUUCCUUUGAGGAGGCCUACGACGCCAUCCAGCGAGCCGAGUACUCGCACGGCUUCAUCACCAUAAAGGAGCGGGUCAACCGCCGCAAUGGCGUCGUUGUGCGUGGCGAGGUGCGGUGCCGGCAUAGCGGCAUCUAUCGCCAGUACCAUCUGAGCCGCAACAAGUACAUCACCUCGACUCGAAAGACCGACUGCCCCUUCUUCUUCAUCGUCGCUCGGCGCACCCGAAUGGCCGACUACAUCAUCUCUGCCCGGUCGAGCCAGCACAACCAUGAGCCUGCCAGCAUGGAGGACCUGCAGAACAAGGUGCCCCGUCCCUUUGGCAUCCAGGACCUGUUCCAGAUGGUGGAAACUCGCCUGAGCGCCGAGGGGGCGUCGACGAGUAACAUUGCUCGUGAUAUAUGCAACGAGCGCCCCACCAUCAACAUCUCCGAGGCUGACAUCUUCUUCAUCCAACGUAAACUGCGCGAAGGCCAAUUCUACGCCUCCACUGAAGCCUUUAUCAAUAAUAAUAAGCCCAAGAAGAACUGA